UUUACCUUUAUUACAUCAGUAAUCUCUCAUUCUGUUCUAACUUCUAAUCCUAAAAAUAGCAAAAAAUCCUCUGUUUUUAUGUAUCGAUUUCUCUCUUGUUGAAUCGCCAAAGGUAGGAGCUUUUUAGUGGCUUCUCUUUGAUUUAUCCAUUUUUUUCACACACUCGAGAAUCUGAAACAAUAGAGGGAAUAAUGGAGAGAGUUGAUCACCUUGCUGAUGAGAGGAACAAAGCUGAGUUCAACGUCGACGAUAUGAAGAUCGUCUGGGCCGGUUCCCGCCACGCUUUCGACGUUUCAAAUCGCAUUUCUCGCCUCGUCGCCAAUGAUCCGAUCUUUGAGAAAAGCAAAAGAGCAGUAAUGAGAAGGAAAGAGUUAUUCAAGAACACGUUGAGAAAAAGUGUUCACGCUUGGAAGAUGAUUAACGAGCUUCGUCUCUCUGAUGAGGAAGGAAUCAAAUUAAGAUCUUUCAUGGAUCAACCAGGCUUCUUGGAUCUGCAUUGGGGAAUGUUUGUGCCUGCACUUAAAGGACAAGGCACAGAAGAACAGCAACACAAGUGGUUGUCUCUAGCUAAUAAGAUGCAGAUAAUUGGAUGUUAUGCUCAAACUGAGCUUGGUCAUGGCUCUAAUGUUCAAGGACUUGAGACAACCGCCACUUUCGAUCCAAAGACAGACCAGUUUAUCAUUCACAGUCCAACUCAGACAUCAUCUAAAUGGUGGCCUGGUGGACUAGGAAAAGUUUCUACUCAUGCUGUUGUUUAUGCUCGUCUAAUAACCAAUGGCAAAGACCAUGGUGUCCAUGGAUUCAUCGUGCAGCUGCGUAGUUUGGAUGAUCAUUCUCCGCUUCCAGGUAUAACCGUUGGUGAUAUCGGAAUGAAGUUUGGAAACGGGGCAUAUAACUCAAUGGACAAUGGUUUUCUUAUGUUUGAUCAUUUUCGUAUUCCUAGAGAUCAAAUGCUCAUGAGACUGUCAAAAGUUACAAGAGAAGGAAAAUAUGUAGCAUCAGAUGUUCCAAGGCAAUUGGUGUAUGGUACUAUGGUGUAUGUGAGACAGUCUAUUGUGUCAAAUGCUUCCACCGCGCUGGCUCGGGCGGUCUGCAUUGCUACAAGGUACAGUGCUGUUCGAAGGCAGUUUGGCUCACAGGAUGGUGGAAUUGAGACACAGGUGAUUGAUUAUAAAACACAGCAGAACAGAUUGUUUCCUCUGCUAGCAUCUGCAUAUGCAUUUCGAUUUGUAGGGGAGUGGCUGAAAUGGCUCUACACC